AUGCUUGCGGUCCUUGGUCUGCUGAUCGCCUUUCAAGCAGCGAAGUGUACACACUCCAACCAGGUCAGCGAUUGCGCAGAGGACCGUUGCGAGGAGAUCAACGGCCACGAGCUGUGCACAGAGUGUAGGAAUGCUGGCUACAUACCCUUCAACGGACACUGCAUUAAGUAUGAUAGCGAGCAACACUCUUCAUGCAAGAGUGCAGAUGGUACACCCAUUGUAAGCGAAAAGAGGUGCGGGAUGUGUACAGACUCCAUGUAUCUAUACAAAGGAGGCUGCUACGCGUGCGGUAAUCUUUACCCCGGGAACCUUAUAUGUAGCGAGUGCGAUAAAGGAGUUUGCAAGUCUUGUACGUCUGGUUUCUUUAGGAACCCUGCAGCGUCGCAAACAGUCGAUUCGUGUGUUCGGUGUGAUGACACAACAGGAGUGGCGGACUUUGUAGGAGUUGCCGGUUGCCUGCAUUGCCUCUCGCCGUCUAAGUCUAAGGGUCCUGACGUGGCCCUAUGUGUCAAGUGUAAGCUCUCGACACACAAGCCUAAUCCGAACGGAGACAUUUGCUACAGAUGCGAGAUCCCAGACUGCCCUAGGUGUGCGGCUGAUGAUUCGUGUGCAGUUUGUGGUCGCGGGUAUCUUAAGGGAACAACCAAGCGUGUUUGCGUCUCUCAGUGUGGAGUUGGCUUCUACGUAGCCCCUACUCAGCUGCGACAAUGCAAAAAAUGCUCUGGUGCGUGUCAAACCUGCGAAGGACCUAAUGAAACAGAUUGCACCUCUUGCAAUGAAUCGGAGGGCUAUUUUCUGGCAGCAGAGAAUGGAACGGGGAGGUGUGUUUCCUGUGGAGACGAGCAGGGACACGCUGGAUGGAAAGGAGUAGCAAAUUGCAAGGCUUGCACUCGUCCCAGUACCCCCGGGGUGGUUGAGUGCACAGAGUGCGAGUCGAACCGUUUACUUAUUGAUGGACAAUGCAGGAAAGAAUGUGAUGAUCCAUCUGAGUAUUGUGAGGCAGACGCCUGUGACGUCGUUUGGAGGAAUGAGCUUCUCUGCUCUCGCUGCAAAGAAGGACAUGCGCCCCUCAACGGUAUGUGUUCCGAACUCACGCCCAAUAACCGACGCGCCUGCAUUGCCAGCAAAGGACGCUGCGAAAAGUGUGGUCCAGGUUUCUUCUUUCACCAAGGAGGAUGUUAUCAGGUAGAGCUCGAAGAGAAGAACUUUGUUUGCGUAGAAGUCGGGACCAAGCCCGAGGAAAUUGGGUUAUGUAAGACAUGUGCAAGUGGAUUUCGGAAUGAUAAAGGUAUUUGCGUACGCUGCCGGGACCCGUACUGUAAGACGUGUGCUCAAGACACAAACACGUGCGAAUCCUGCAUCGACGGAUACUACGAUCCGAGGUUUUGCAAACGAUGCCACAAUGACUGUAAGACAUGCGUAGGAGAAAGUCCAGAGCAAUGCCUCACAUGUCAUCCUAAAAAAUACUUAUCGCCCAUACAUAAAAACAUCGGAGUUUGCGUAGAUGCGUGGCAAUGUGGCUAUGGGAUGUAUGGACACCCCUUCGCUCUCAAAUGCCUUCCUUGUAGCGAGGGGUGCGCUACAUGUAGAGGCUCGGAAGAGAAUGACUGCACAUCUUGUCACCUCCGGACACACUUCUUUGUUCUUACUGGGUAUAACCGUGGCCAAUGCAUCGAAUGUGGAGACACAACCAAUCCUAAAGGGAUUAAUGGUUGUAGAGAAUGUAGCGCGAAAGGUGACUCGGUUAGAUGCAUCGCUUGCAAAGCUGGCUAUGUAUUAGUUGGUGGCAAGUGCCUGUCCCACUGUGAGGACCCCAAUUGCGCGGCGGGUUCGUGCGUGGUGGGAAUAGGCGAGAAGCUGUACUGUAGCUUGUGCAAAACAGAUGAACACGCGCCUGUGGACGGCAUUUGCACUAACGUGGCAAGCGCACACCCCAGUGGCUGCGUGACUGGCGUAGGUUUUGACUCAGCGCGGAGCUGUCUUCAGUGUGGUGCGGGGUAUUUCCUGUACAUGGGCGGCUGCUACCAGGAGAGCAAGGAGCCCGGAAAAAGCAUCUGUACCUGGGCAGGUGUUCCUGGUUACGUUAAUGGAAACAACUACGGUCUUGGUCUUUGCAAUGCAUGUGCCGCCGGCUAUGAGAACCAAGACGGCGUCUGCCGCCCCUGUACCACGGUGAACUGCGAGCGGUGCAGGAUGGAUGACCAGGGGGAGGUGUGCACACACUGCAUGGUCGGGUACGUUCUGGAUCAGGCAGGCACAUGCACCACCAAGACCACGGGUUCAUGCACGGUCCCAGAUUGCGCCGAGUGUACUGAGGGCAAGAAGUGUCGGCGUUGUGGACCCGGGUUCUUCCUCACCAGUGUGGGGACCUGCGUGGACAACUGCAGAAGCAUUCCCGGGCACUACGCACUUGAUGCCACGGAGAAGAGCCCCGCAAGGUGCGCUCUGUGUGAGAUCUCGAACUGCAAAGAGUGUGGAGCCGGUAAUUUUUGCGCUGUGUGCUCGGACGGGUACUUCUCCGACAACGGAGUCUGCACUCCUUGCGACAGCACGUGCGCCACCUGCGUAGCUAAGGGCCCCAGUAGCUGCGUGUCUUGCCCGUCGGGCUACGCGGUAACGUCUGAAUCGGGGGUCGGGGAGUGCAAGAAACCGUGUACCCCGUCAGCCGACGGCUGCAAGAGGUGCGACGCGAGCAUCGACGGGGCAAGCUACUGCUCUGUAUGCAGCGUGCAGACCGCGUUCCCUCUGAACGGCAAAUGCGUCGGGCUCUCCGCACGGGCAGGGUCUGCGUGCGCCUCUGUGGUCGACGGCGCCUGUACGAGUUGUGCAGACGGAUACUUCCUCCUGUCGGGAGGAUGCUACCAGGUGGACACAUAUCCUGGACGCACCGUCUGCCAUGCAGAGGAGAGGGGCGUGUGCACCAAGGGCGCGCACGGAAAGAUGGUCAGCGAGUCGGGCAUCCUUCAAGAGUGCUCGAUCGCAAACUGCGCCGAAUGCACGGCCGACGCCUGUGUGAGGUGCAAGCUGGGGUAUGUGAGCGUGGACGGCCAGUGCCAGAAAUGCGCCCAGGGCUGCGUCACCUGCAUUGCCCCGGACAAUCCGCAGAUGUGCACCCUCUGUGACACAGGGUACUACCAGUCGACAACUGGAUCGGCGUUCACAUGCACAGCGUGCGGUGCGGACAACAACGGCAUGAAAGGGGUCAACGGAUGCACUUGCUGCAUGCCUCCUGAGGGCAAGGUCGGAUCCGUCCUCUGCUACUCCUUUGAUGCGCUCCCGAGCAUCAUUCCGACGCCCAAGCCCGGCCCAGAUCCAGUCCCAGAUCCGGUUCCAGCCCCAGCCCCGAGCUCGGCAAGGAAGACGGCCAUGAUAGCCGGGGUAUCCGUAACAGCAAUCCUCCUUGUCACAGGCCUGGUCAGUUUUCUUCUACGGUGGCUCUUAUGUAGGCGUACGCAGUCCCAUGAGACGAAGCGUGUUACUCUUACUCGGAAACGUGUUCCCAUUAUUACAUCUAUCACUGCGCCAUUGACUUGA